AUGGACCCCCGCUACGACGCCUUCUUCGGCCGCCUGCUCGCGGAGGUGCUGCGCCGGGUUGACGAGGCGCUGCUGGGUCCGGCGGCGCCGCUCAGCUUCCACCAGGACUACUGCAUCGGCUUCGCGGAGGGGCGGGACACCCAGCUGAGGGUACACACGGACGACUCGGACCUCACCGUGAACGUGCUCCUGGGCCACGGCCCCGGCGGGGCGCACAGCGGCGCCGAGCUGGUCCUGCUGGCGCCCACCGAGGAGGACACCCGCUGCGGCAGCCCGCGCCUGGACGGCAGCUACCGGGGGAAAACGUACACCUACAGGCACGCGGAGGUCGGGCGGGCCGUGGUGCACUCGGGGGAGCGGUGGCACGCGGUGCGGCCGCUGCGGGCGGGGGCGCGGUCGAACCUCAUCAUCUGGGCGAUGCGCAACGACUGCGACUGGAAGAAGGGCUUCUACCCGAGAUGGACAGCUACCUCGACGAGAAGGCCGCGUCGCAGGCUGGGUAGAGGCCCCCUGGAGGGUGCUGUGCCGGUCGGCGGAGCUGCGGCGCGCCGGCGUGCCGAGACCUGUCCGCCGCGAGGUGGGCCCGCACGGCUCUUCGCCCAGGGUGCGGAGGCGUUCUCUGUGCUUCCGUCGCGGGUCGUCUGGUUCAAGCAGUGGCGAAGCGGCCUGGCAUUGCCUAUAGGCCCACUGCAGGGAGUGUUCUCUAGUCACUCGUCGUGGUCCGCGCCCUUGUGA